CCCUCUAGUCUUAAAUCAAUGUUCAUAAGAUUUGUUCAAUGUUAUUUGUUUUCUUUAUCAUUUAUUACAAUCUUCUAGCUAUGUUCAAUCUUUAGUACUUUUAUUUUGUAAAAUCACUUUAUACCCAAUAAUUUCUACUUGUGCUGAUGAAUUGUGCCAAUACCAACAUGCCUGCCUGCACUAUAUAUUACAUAAGUGAAAUAAUAUUUGCUUUGCACUUAAUUGAAGCUAAUAGGGUAAUCUUCUUCAGAAUCAGCUGAGAGCUAGGCUAACGUCCUUCAAAGAUCAAAACACUAGUGUUACACUCCACCAAAUGCACUGAUAAAUAGUAGCAUUGCUUGUUAAAUUUCCAUGAAAAUUUAGCAUCUUUACUUGUACUAUAACCACUAAUGCUAGUAGCAAAUAUUGGACUUGAAUUAGCACCACAAAGACACUCUGAAGCACCGAUAGAGACACAAACACCUGACAUGACACCGACACAUAGAUACCAAUAAUAAUUUAAGAAAACAAAAGUAAUUCAAUUGAACUCUACAUGUAUCAGUGUUACAUCAGACACCAUUCAAUUUGAGGUGGCGGUGCUACAAUGCAAAACAUAUUUGAUAAAAGUGGCUUAUGAACUAUGAAGCGUGUGUCUCUGCAACAUGUACAGACUAGUACUAAAUGUGUUGAGCACCACAGUACAAAUAAAAGAGACUUCACCUCAGGGAGCUAUGGACUUCUAAAGGAGUUUUAAAAUGGGACAAUUUAAACCUGUUCUAAAUAAAUAUGUUCAUUUUCCAGUCAUACAUGUUUCUCCACAAAUAAAGAACAAAGAUUGACAAGGCUUACUCCAAACCUACUGUGAGAUCUUCAGGAUCCUUUUUCGGGAUUGUGUAAUGGCAUCAGCUCCUGCCUCCUAUAAUCAUAUUUUUGAGAAAUGAGAGCCCUGCAGUUUAAAUCAAUCCUUUGGCUACUAUACCGCUUCUUGUUUUCUUUGGAAGCCUAUUAGGUGAUGAUGUGAGGAGCUAAUCUUAACCAUACCAGGGAUGGAAGCCCUUGGUUCCGUGGACGACCUCUUGGAUUUCUCAUCUGACAUAGGUGAGGAUGUUGAUGACAAACCUAGGAAAGCCUUUCCUUCACUUAAACCAAAAUGCAGUGAUCCAUCUUCACUUAAUCCAUUGGACCUCAGUGAUCCUAACCAUUCAUUUUCUGAGUUUGUAGAAGAGGAGCUUGAAUGGCUAUCCAACAAAGAUGCAUUUCCGUCAGUCGAAACAUUUGUUGACUUACCGUCUAUUCAACCCUUUAUUUCGAAGAAUCAAAGGACGACCCCAAUGCUUGAGUACAGCACAAGCAGUAGCAACAGUAAUAACAGUACCAACAGCAUUUCCCUCUUAAGUGGCUAUGAUCACAUGAAGUUCCCUGUCCGUGCACGGAGCAAGUCUCGAAGUAGGCCUCGCAUUGGCAUUGCUGAAACCUCCAAUCAGCAAUUUUCUUGGAGACAACCGUGUAACAAAAUUUCCAAAGACCAAGGGAUGCAAAUCUCAACCAUUGGGAGAAAAUGUCAUCACUGUGGAGCCGAAAGUACUCCACAAUGGCGGGCAGGUCCCAAUGGUCCGAAAACACUUUGUAAUGCAUGUGGGGUUAGGUAUAAGUCUGGCCGACUUGUACCUGAAUACCGCCCUGCAAAUAGCCCAACUUUUCGCCGAGAAUUGCACUCUAAUUCCCACAGGAAAGUGUUGGAGAUGAGAAAGAAGAAGCAAACGGGAACAGGUUGAAAGUCAUGAAUAAAAUGAAAAGUGAUAGUGAACAUUAUUGGCUUUUAGCAUUUAGCAUGCUAAAAGUUAGGAUUUUGAUUUUAUUCUGAUUUAUUCUAAUUUAAUUUUUAGUCCAUUUUUGCUAUGAGAUGUUUUAGAUGGGCAGUGAAAAUUUUUAGACUAAAAUUAUAGUUAGGGAGGCCUUAAAUCAUAUCAUUUGUGUGUCAAAUUUGUUAUUUUUAUGAUGGUAAGAUGUCUUAGAGGGAGAAGAUCAGUUGCAGUGAGUAACUUGGUCCCUUCACUAGAGAGAAGCUCUUAUGCUUAUCUGAA